AUGCAUGUGAUCCUUUCAAACUGGGCACCACCCUUGGAAAGAAGCAGAAUGGUUACCAUGGUGUAUGCUGGCUCAUGCAUGGGAACUAUACUAACCCUAGCACAAGGGGGAGUCAUGAUGCGGGCUUGGGGUUGGGUGUCAAUUUUUUAUUUCUAUGGAGGACUGACAGUGAUAUGGUUUGUAGCUUGGUUCUUCCUUGUGUCAGAUAGUCCUGAAAACCAUCCUUACAUAUCCAAGGAAGAGAAAUUGUUCAUCCUGGCAACUCUGAGCAAGGAGAAGAAGACAAUCUCAACCAUGCCAUGGAAGCAAAUUUUGACGUCAGUUCCAUUUUGGGCGCUACUGGUGACUCACAUGGGAAACAACCUGGGUUACUGGAUGCUCUUAACUCAGCUGACAACUUACAUGAACAAUAUCCUUCAUUUUGAAAUCCAAGAGGUCAGCAAGGCUCGUCAAAACAUUCCAGAAGGUUACUGCAAUGAAGUCACUCCGCUAUUUGAGUCAUGGUACUUGUGGCGCCACGUUUUCCGAAGAUCACGUGACCUGAGCAUGCUACACACGCUCGGGCACGUUGACAACAACUGUACACGGGUACGGCGUGGUACGCGCCCGGUAUGUCGUAACACCGACUACCGGGUCGGAGAACGAGGAAAGGAGGAGGAGGGUCGGAAGAGCGUGGCGUGGGCUCCGAAGCCCACAGAAGAAUUCGUGCAGCGAUUCAGAGUGGACCUCUGUUGUGUUGUUGUCUGUUUGUCUGAGCAAUUAUUUGUCUUGUCUAAAAGCCUUGAAUCUGAAGUGUGUUGUGAGAAUGGGCUCCGAAGCCCACAGAAGAAUUCGUGCAGCGAUUCAGAGUGGACCUCUGUUGUGUUGUUGUCUGUUUGUCUGAGCAAUUAUUUGUCUUGUCUAAAAGCCUUGAAUCUGAAGUGUGUUGUGAGAUUGUAUUAA